AUGAAGGACGUAAUCGAUGUGUUGGCGUUGCAAAAUAACAGACGUGAAAAGCGAUUGCCCGAUUAUCGUAGUGCACCGAGUCACAGUUUGGCUACGAAUUUCAUUUUCGAGUGCGGGAUAAAGUUAGGAUUACAACCGGCGACUAUCGCUACAGCGGCGAUAUUUUACCAUAAAUUCUUCAAGGAAGCCGAUAAGAACGAUUACGAUUGUUACGUGAUAUGUACGGCUUGCUUGUGCGUAGCCGGCAAGUCGCGAGACGAGCCGGUCAGACCGAGAGACGCCGUCAAUGUUGCGCAUAAUUCUAUUAAUCGCGGCGCAGGACCUUUGGAAUUAGGAGAUGAAUAUUGGUCGUGGAGAGGUGCCGUGGCUCAAGCGGAGUUACUAGUGCUUCGCCUCCUCGGCUUCAAUCUAGAGACACCCUCACCACAUAAGUAUCUUUUACACUAUCUGCGUUCACUCCAAGAGUGGUUUCCCGCUUCGCAAUGGCGGUCAACCCCUGUAGCACGAACUGCCAUGGCGUUCCUGCAGGACUUUCACCAUUCACCACAUGUUUUGGAUUAUAGAGCACCACAUACCGCUGUAGCAUGUUUGACCCUGGCUCUUCACGUUUUAGGAGUUUCGGUGCCUCUGGCAUCUAUAGCGGAUGAUGAUACUGCAUGGUAUUCGUUAUUCACAAAGGAUUUACUAAAGGAAAAGAAUUGGGAAAUAAUGGAGAAGAUUAUGCAGGUCUACAGUAGAGAACCUGAACCAAUAUAG